UCUAGAAUCCAGUUACAUCCUAACAAAAUGAACUCCCUAUUAUCUCUGGUGUGCUUUGCACUGCUCCUGAUCAGUCCUUUGUGCCUGGGUUAUUCUGACGAAGAACGUCAAGCCGAUAGCCUUCGAGUUGCUGAAAUCAUCCGAACCUCCCAGGACGACAAUGCCAAAAUCAACAACACCCAGGAACUCCUUGACAUUUACAGACGUCUCUAUCCCAGUCUGACUCCUGAAGAUCGCGACAGAAUCGACAAGUUUGUCAAUGAGCACACGGAUGCAAUUCUAGUCGAUGGAGUUCCUGCUCAGGGCGGUCGGAAGACCAAGUUUGCUGGGAAGGUCCUGACUCCAGUUGUGCAGGGCCUGGCCACUGGAUUCUUUGAAGAGCUUGGUGCGAACCUUGCCAAUUUAUUCACUGGUUAACCGCCAUCUGCAUAACAAAAAACAAAAAUACUAUGUGGCUCUUUUUUACGAUUUCUUUUCAAACAAUAUGUAUUUUUAAAAUGAAGUAAUUUUUAAAACUUUUAAAUCCAUGUAAAAAAUCAAAUAAUUUUUAUACAUGAAUAUAAUUUGUGAGCUAAUGCCUAAUUGGAAUUAAUAAACAAAGCUUUUACCAUUA